GGAAGUAGUUUGCCCCAGUUCUCUUGCCAUCACGGCGGAGCGUUACGCGGAGAAUUGUGGGUGUGUGUCGCACGUGAGACUUGGCGAGAGCUCGGAGGAGGAUUUUAUUUCUUCAAGCAUUUGUCCAGUCAGACAUUUAAAAAUGGCAUCCAAACAAGAAAUAAUGAGUGACCAGCGGUUUAGGAAGGUUACAAAAGACCCAAGAUUUUGGGAAAUGCCAGAAAAGGAUCGAAAAGUCAAAAUUGACAAGAGAUUUCGAGCAAUGUUUUAUGACAAAAGGUUCAAAUUGAAUUAUGCUGUAGAUAAAAGAGGACGCCUCAUCAACCACAGCACUACAGAGGACUUGAAACGUUUUUAUGACCUUUCAGAUUCUGAUUCAGAUCUAUCUGAUGAAGAUGAUAAAGCACUGAACCAAAAGAAAAUGAAGAAGAAAAAACCCCAGACUAACAACAAAAUAGAAUCAAAAAAUCUAGUUGAGGAGAAAAAGAAAGAAACCAAGAAAAUUAAUCAAAAGGAUUCUGGAGAUAAAAAUGAUUUAUAUAACUCUGACAGAAUCCAGAAAAUGAAAAAGUCAUGCAAAUCUAAGAAGGUAGAUUCAAAAAUAAGUCCCAAGAAAGACAGAGAAGAAUUUACACAAAAAAGUGCAACAGAGAAGAAAAGCAUUGUUCAGCAUUGUACAGACUCAUGUCCCAAAGGAAAACUAAGCACAGGAGACUUGGGCCCCUCUGAAAUUGUGAAAUCUCCCAAGGUCAAGUACUCUGACACAAGAAGAGAAAUGCAAUCAGUGAUUCCACUAAUAAUGGCAAAAGACAGUGAUGGUUAUGGAAACUCUACAGGUGGUAGGAUGUUUGACAAAGAUGCUCUGGAGGAAGAUUCAGAAAGUGCUAGUGAAAUAGGUGAUGAGGAAUCUGAAGAUGGAAUAACAGGCACUGGUAGAACUUCAGCUGAUGAAGAUGAUGUUGAUGAUGAUGUUGAUGGAAGUGAAAGUGAUGAGGAGGAUGAAGAUGAGGAUAGUGACGAUGAUGAAAGUGACAGUGGCCCUGAUCUUGCAAGGGGUAAAGGAAAUGUAGAAACUAGUUCUGAAGAUGAAGAAGAUAUGGCAGAUUUACUGCCAGAGGACUCUGGUUUUGAGCACGCUUGGAGAGAAUUAGAUAAAGAUGCUCCUCGGGCUGAUGAGGUUACACAUCGAUUAGCAGUUUGCAACAUGGACUGGGACAGAUUAAAGGCAAAAGAUUUGCUAGCUCUGUUCAAUUCAUUUAAACCUAAAGGGGGUGUUAUAUUUUCCGUAAAGAUAUAUCCUUCGGAGUUUGGAAAGGAGAGGAUGAAGGAAGAGCAAGUUCAAGGACCAGUAGAGUUAUUAAGUAUUCCUGAAGAUGCCCCUGAAAAGGACUGGACUUCUAGAGAAAAACUGAGAGAUUAUCAAUUCAAACGACUCAAGUACUAUUAUGCAGUAAUAGACUGUGAUUCUCCUGAAACAGCUGGUAAAAUUUAUGAGGAUUGUGAUGGCCUGGAAUUCGAAAGUAGUUGUUCAUUCAUAGAUUUAAGGUUUAUACCAGAUGAUAUUACUUUUGAUGAUGAGCCCAAGGACGUAGCCUCAGAAGUGGAUUUAACAGCAUAUAAACCAAAAUAUUUUACAUCUGCUGCAAUGGGAACAUCAACGGUGGAGAUCACUUGGGAUGAAACUGAUCAUGAAAGAAUUACAACACUCAACAGGAAGUUUAAAAAGGAAGAGCUUUUGGACAUGGAUUUUCAAGCCUACUUAGCUUCCUCUAGUGAGGAUGAAGAAGAGAUAGAAGAGGAGCUACAGGGUGAUGAUAAAGUCAGUGUGGAAGAUGGGAAAACAAAGAAAAAUCAGAAGGAUGAUGAAGAACAAAUUGCUAAAUACAGGCAGCUCUUGCAGGUUAUUCAAGAAAAAGAAAAGAAAGGCAAAGAAAAUGAUAUGGAAAUGGAAAUUAAGUGGGUUCCAGGUCUGAAAGAAAGUGCAGAAGAAAUGGUCAAAAACAAAUUGGAAGGAAAAGAUAAAUUGACCCCUUGGGAACAAUUUUUAGAGAAGAAGAAAGAGAAAAAAAGACUGAAGAAGAAACAGAAGGCUCUUGCUGAAGAGGGUAGUGAAGAUGAACUUCCCUCUGAUGUUGAUUUGAAUGACCCAUACUUUGCUGAAGAAAUUACAAAAAUAGGUAUAAAAGAAAAGAAAAAAUCAAUGAAAUCUACAAAAGAUUGCACAUCUCCAGUGGAAGAUGCUGAAAUAGAAAGACAAAAGGCUGAAAUGGCUUUGCUCGUGAUGGAUGAGGAGGAAGAGAGUAAGAAACACUUCAAUUACAACAAGAUUGUAGAGCACCAGAAUCUGAGCAAAAAGAAGAAAAAACAGCUUAUGAAAAAGAAGGAAUUAUUAGAGGAUGACUUUGAGGUAACCAGGGACACCUCUUAA